AUGCUUAAGAAUAUGUCUCAUGACAAAAUAACGGAAGCCUUUGAAACCUCCUGUGAGUAUUACUACUUCUACAUAUUUUACAAAAACUUGUGUAUCUAUAGCAUUGACUUGAAAAAAGAUGAUAAAGAAAAAAAAAAUAAAGGGAACAAAAAUGAAACGGAAAAGUUAUUGUUAGGAUCUAUUUAUGCUAUAAAUUACCUAUGUUUUAAUAUUCAACCAAAUAAAAGGUUAAAAAAUCUUUAUAAAUCCAUCGAAAAUUCUAAUAAAAAUUUAAAUCAAAGCUCAAAGAGGUAUAACCAAAACUUUGACAAUAUGCAGGGUAAUUUGCAUGUUGGAAAUUUUAAUUCGUUCAACACGCCUUUAUACAAAUUACACUACUUUGAAACGCUAACAGCUUAUAAAUUUGUUCUUAUUACUCAUAAAAAUACCCCGAACUUGUCAAAUUUUUUAAGGGAUAUUUACAAAACGUUAUUCCUCGACUUCGUUAUUUUGAACCCACUUUACCAGAUUGGGGAUGAAAUUCGAGACAAAAUAUUUGACGAAAAAAUAACAGAACGCAUCAAAGGGUUGAUACAUGGAUAA